CACAAGCCCAUAAACAGAACAUAUAUUUUAAAUACAUGCCUGAAAGUGCAACUGCAUUGUACCCAACUCUUAUACCUUCAACACAAAUACGAAAUAUUGGCUUAUCUGCCUUAUUUACUCUACUCAGAAUGAGCGCGCUUGAUUGGACUGGGCUAAACCCACGAGCACAUCUCGCGAGGAGUCGCUUCGCAAUGACCACUGUGACACUGUAAUCAUGGCGGCGGCCGCACGCCGGUUCGGCACGAUAAUAAACACCUUUAACGCUUAUAAAAACGGUGCAGGCAUUUAUCUCUGCACAACUCAAUCGUCCAAAUGGAAAAUCUCCAUGCGACGGGUUGUAACAGGGCUGUGCAUCGCGGCAGGAGGAAUAGCUGUGUGUCAACACUGCUCCAUGAAAGGAGUCGACAAAACGAGGAUGAUCCACGCAAUCCCGGUUGUUUUUGCUAGAGAAAAGACCAAGAUAACAGCUGAUGAUGAAGAAAUGGCAAUGUCAGCUCAUGAGCACCGGUUCCGUCUGUUUAGUUCAGUGGAGUAUGAAGGGCAGCUUUACAUGACACCACUAGAUUUCAUCGAGUCAGUUACAAUGAGUGAGCCAAAAAAAAAAAAGUUUUGGCGAGCCCUGACAAGACAGGAUUUAGAUAAGAUUCUCUCAGAUACACCUCCUGUUUGGAAAGGAUCAUCCAGGCUUUUCAGGAAUUUAAAUGAAAAAGGCAUCAUCUCAUAUACAGAGUAUCUAUUUCUUCUUUGCAUUUUGACAAAGCCUCAGGCAGGAUUUAAGAUAGCUUUCAACAUGUUUGAUGCAGAUGGCAAUGAAAUGGUCGACAAAAGGGAGUUUAUGGUGCUAGAGGAAAUAUUUCGUAAGAAAAAUGACAAAAGAGGUGGAGAGACUGACAGCUCAUCACAAGUGAAUGUGGAACUGUAUGGAUACCAAGGUUCGGUCAGCCAUGCUGCUCUUAAAAAAGAACAACAAAGGUUUGAACCCAAAAGCUUCUGGGAUGUGCUGAAGCAUGGUGCAAGAAUUGUUCUCUUUUCAGAUCUGGUGGAGCAUGUACAAGAGAAUAUUGCUGACACAACUCUGUUGGUGCAUUUCUUUGGAAAAAAGGGAAAAACUGAACUGAACUUUGAGGACUUCUACAGAUUCAUGGACAACCUGCAGACAGAAGUCCUUGAGAUUGAGUUCCUUGCCUAUUCGAAAGGCAUGACUACCAUCAGUGAGGAGGACUUUGCCCGAAUUCUUCUGCGCUACACCACUGUGGACAACAUCAGCAGCUACCUGGAGAAUGUGCAUCGGAGCAUACCUGAUGAGAAGGGAAUCACUUUUGAGGAAUUCAGGUCAUUCUUUCAGUUUCUCAAUAACUUAGAAGACUUUGCCAUUGCCAUGCAAAUGUACAACUAUGCAAGCCGACCAAUUGGACAAGAUGAGUUUGCACGUGCAGUCUACGUUGCCACAGGCUUGAAACUCUCCAAACACCUUGUGAACAUUGUCUUCAAGAUAUUUGAUGUGGAUCACGAUGACCAACUUAGCUACAAGGAGUUCAUUGGCAUCAUGAAGGACCGCCUGCAUCGAGGCUCCUGGGGAUAUCGAGGAGAGGAGAGGUUCACCUCCUUUAAGGCCUGUAUGAAGAAAGAACUGUCUGCAAAAUAGUUUGGGAAAAGAAAGAAAUAUAUAGCCUUAAUCUUACCUUUAUAGUUAUUUAGUAUUUGUAGCUACUCUCAGUGAAAUUAGCGAUAUUGUCUUCAAUAGACAAAAGCAGGCUUGGUAGUAUGAUUUUGCUUUUGGGAGCUUUAAACAAAUGACUAGAGCAUAAAAGCAUGGUUCGUUUUGACUGAGGCUUUGCCUAGGCAUCAAAUAACUCUGUAAUAUUAAUGUGCUGGUCGAUUAACAGAUACUAGAUACUGGCCAGACUCUAGGUCAGUGAGGAGAACUGGCAUAGUGUUAUAUAUUAUUAUACAGUUAAGAUUCAUGAAAAAAACUAGUUACUGCCUUUGGAUGCUAAAAGUAUAUGUAGGACGUUAGCUGUUACAUUAGGAAUUGCGUAAUUUAAAUUUUACUAUAGCUAGUUGCAAAUUAGACUAUAAGUUAGACUAUAGCUACUGACCUAUUUGUAAUAUUAAUGUCUUAAAUGCUUAUUUGAUGUCAACUAGUAAAAAUUCUUGCUUAGCAUAUCUUUUUACAGCAAUAGCCAUAAGACUGAAGACUCACUCAGAGAACCUCUAUGUGAUAAGCCAUUGAAUCAGAUUAAGCAAGUACCUCCAGGAAUUAUGCCAGUACAUUUCCACUGAAACACUUGCAGGGCCCUUUAACUCUAAUGAGAGCAAAAUUAUUAAACAUUUCAAUUAUACAUACAAGCAUUUUAAAAAAACAGAAACAUUUCGAACUAUUUUAUAAAGAUUUUAUAACCUCAGUUUCACCUAUACAGGAUUCUUCUCGAGGCCUUAUGCAGAAAUGCAGCAUGCCUUCAUUAAACAACUAAGGCGAAUUCAUACUGGGUUUAUCACUAUAUUUUUCUAUGUAGUCUUAUAUAUAUAUUAUGUCAGGACCUGUUAAAUUUAUAUUGAAGUUAUUUUCAACUGUUUUCUGAAGUCAACAUGUAUGAUGAUGAUGUUGAUGAUGUUGCAUGAAAUCAUUUUAAAGAUCCUUAAAGGUAUAAUUUCAGAUUUUAAUACUUAAAUAAUAGCACAUAACCCUGUCUUAAUGUAUUUUGUAUGACAGCCUAAUAUGGUCUAUGAAUCAUCAUGACCUUAAUAUCAUAAGCUGCUAUAUCCUUGGAAGCUUAUCAUUCUAUAUGUUUGAAUAGAAUCUGGCUUCAGAAGGCAUUUCUUAUUAGACAUCACCUUCUCUGGCCACAUUUUCAAUCAGGAUUAUUAUCGUUUGGCUAUAAACAACAUUUAAUACCAGGUUAUAUUUAAAUGAUCAGGACCAUGCCCUGCUCUCUGUGGAGGUGAUGCCUUCAUAGUGAGAAGGAUGAAAUCACAGAUAUUUUUAAAGUCAAUCCAGCAGUGAUGUCUGUGUAUUAGUCUUUUGAAAAGACGGCUACUCUGAAAACACAAAAACUGUAUCAUCAGGAGUAGAUAUUAGACUGAAGAAAUAACCUACACUUUACAUUGUGUACGUGUUUAACUUUUGUUAUGUUGUGGUUGCUACAUUAUCUUUAUAAGCUAUGCUAAUUAUUGCCUCUGUAUUUUGCUCAUUUUAAUGUAGGGUACAGCAUAACAGUACAUUUUGAUUGGAUUUAUAUUUUCCAGAUGAUUGUCUUACUGCUUUUUUUCUCUGCUAUGAUUAAUAUGAUUUGUGCUUAAAGUUGACUUGUUUGCUUGGAAGAUUAAAUAUGAAGGCGAGUUUACAGUAAUCCCUUUAAUAA